GAGAGAGGGAGACAUCUCCUUCAUAAAGCUCUUCUUUUCUCCUCUAUCGCUGGACCUCCAUCGCCGAAGAGGAGCAUCUCCCCACUUCCCGCUUUCCAUUCUCCUGUUUUUUUUUCUUUCCCCCAUUCUUCCGUCUUUUGUCCUCCAUGGAUUGUGUUCACUGUGGUGUUGUAUUUUUGGCCCCUGAGGUGGCGUGGUGUGUAGGAUUUUCAUAGCGUUUGUUCGCUUUAGCAGUAGCAGCAACAGCAGUGGCAGUCGGCGACCAUAGUCACCAAACCACUCCAACCACCGGUGCCAUAGCUGUAGAUCGGCAAGCGGAGGGGGGCAAUUACUUCGGUACAGACCUGUACGUCGGCCGAGAGGAAGGCUUUUUUUUCGGCCCCAGCAUGCUGGAGGAGUGGACAGUGGUCAGCUUGACGUCGGUUCUGCCCGUGCGUACGUAAGUAGGCAGGCAGGCAGAGGGGCAUGCUUCACCGCACCAAAUACAACCGCUUCAGGAAUGAGUCGGUGACGUCCGUCGACGAGCUGCUCCACGGCCUCUCCAUGAACGCCACCAAGGUGUCGGCCGCUCCGCCGACACCGCCUGCUGGCCACCAGCCACCCCCCUACGCGCCGCCGGCCGAUGUACUGCCCCCCGAGUCGCCGGCACCAGCCGCCGAGGACUCGGGGACCACCCUCUGCACCCUCAUCAACAAGGUCUCUGGCCUGAAGUUCGCCAACUCUGGCGGAGGCCUGUUGGGCAUCAAGGGCCUCCCGUCUGCUGUCAAGGACCUGGCUGUUUCCAAGCUCCAGGGGGGCGGGGGAGGAGGGGGAGGGGGGAGUUCAGGCAGCCCGGGAUCGUCCGGCCUUGUCUCAGCGGCCACUGGGGGCAGCUCGUGUGCUGCCGCUGCUUCUGGACAGCAGGAGCCAGGCUCCAUGAGCUCCGCCGGGAAGAAAGGGAGGAUGGAGGAGGCUCAGCCUGGAGUGGCAGAGGACUGGAACCUGGGUGGUGUAGGAGGCAUGGGUGCUGCCAGCGGUGGAGGAUGCGCGGGGCUGGUGAAUAAGCCCUCUCGAGGAUGGCUGCACUCCAGCGAAAAGAUAUCCGGACCCGGAGUGAUGUAUGUCGUGAAGUAUUUGGGCUGCAUAGAAGUCCUUCGAUCCAUGAGAUCCCUCGAUUUCACCACAAGAUCCCAAAUAACAAGGGAGGCCAUCAGUCUGGUUUGUGAGGCAGUUCCAGGUGCCAAAGGAGCGCUGCGCAAGAGAAAGCCCCCCUCCAAAGCUCUUUCUAGUAUCCUGGGGAAGAGUAACUUGCAGUUUGCUGGCAUGAGCAUCAACCUCAACAUCUCAAUCAGCAGCUUAAACCUGAUGACUCCUGACUCCAAACAGAUAAUAGCCAAUCACCAUAUGCAGUCGAUAUCCUUUGCUUCCGGUGGAGAUCCGGACACGACUGAUUACGUUGCUUAUGUAGCAAAAGAUCCGGUUAACAGAAGAGCGUGCCACAUUCUGGAGUGUUCGGAUGGUUUGGCCCAGGAUGUCAUCAGUACGAUAGGGCAGGCGUUUGACCUGCGCUUCCAGCAGUACCUUCAGUGUCCCUCCAGCAAGCUCUCUGCUAUACAUGACAGGGUACUGAGUGUGGAGGAACCUUCAUGGACUGAGGAAGGGGAGGAGCCCCCUGAUCAUCCAUAUUACAACAAUAUCCCCGGCAAGAUGCCCCCACCUGGUGGCUUUAUUGAUGCCCGACUAACCAGUCAGACAGCAGAGAGCAGCCAGGGGGUCGGAGUAGACCAGACGUACUACCAGGGCAGGCCUAUACUCAUUCAACAAGGGUCAUGUGACAUAUACAGUCUGCCUGAGAUCAAAGGUCAGACCUCUAAACCAGGAGAGGUUCCCACGUAUGUGAACACACAGCACAUCGACACGCAGGUGCUGGCGGCACUGCAGGGGGAAGCAGACGCAGCCUCAGAGCCAUGCGCGACUGCUGCGGCCAAAGACAGCCCCAGGAAAGACCUCUUCGACAUGAAGCCGUUUGAAGAUGCAAUCCUGACGCAGUCUCCAUCAGCAGCACCCACAGCGUCGAGCCUGCAUAAGGCGGCUUCAGUGGAUAACUCCAGCCCCCUGCUGGUGCGGUCGGCGGCCUUACGGGCCCUGGAGGAGUUGGAGGGCCAGGCCUGGUACCAUGGCGAAAUGAGCCGGCGCCAGGCCGAGAAGUUACUGCUUAAUGAUGGGGACUUCCUGGUGCGGAAAAGCACCACCAACCCGGGCUCAUAUGUGCUGACGGGGAUGCACAACGGACUGGCCAAACACCUGCUGUUGGUGGAUCCAGAGGGCACGGUACGAACUAAAGAUCACAUAUUCGAGAGCAUCAGCCAUCUGAUUGGCCACCACCGUGACAACAACCUGCCCAUUGUCUCGGCGGGAAGUGAACUGUGCUUGAAGCAGCCUGUCGAAAGAAAACAGUGACGGCCUCCCAAAAACCUGCACGAGGGGAACAGGGUCACCCCCGCCCAGAAAACGCCCCGAAACCUGAUACUUGAAGUUGAAUAAUGAGAGCAUGGCGGAUGACGAUUGUUGACAGUUGCGGGAGGUAUGAUGAUGUGGACGUGGUCAGUUGAACAGUAGCGAGGUUUCUUGUCUGAUCACUUCGGACUCUGUGAGAAAGAUCCGUGGAUAUAAAGAUGACACCUGAUUUAUAGAACUGUUAUAAUUAUUUUGCUGUGAUGACUGAAAUUCUAUAUUUUUUGAGAAGACAUAGGUGCAUUUGGACAUAUAUGUUGAUUUGGUGUUUUAAACUAAAAAAGGCAAGCGUAGUUUAGACGACAAGGAAAUCAACCUCCAGGAGGGAAAAGAUUUAACA